AUGACCGAACCCCCGAGCUACAGGGGAAUGCCUAGCUCAGACCAACUCUGGAAGAGUCGAUUAGACACUAGAGGCGAUGUCGGCUCGAUGGGACAUUAUGGUACUGGUAGCGCGUCUGGCCCAUCUGCUCCAGCCUCUUUAGGGAUGGGACACGGGGAAGCAGAGGAGUAUUCCGACGAUGGAGACGUUGGCGAGGGGGAGUCUGAAGGUAUGCAGCAGACGGCUGCGGAGAGACUGGCUUCGCGGAGAAAGAUGAAGCGCUUUAGACUUACGCAUCAGCAAACUCGAUUUCUCAUGAGCGAAUUCGCAAAGCAACCACACCCCGAUGCUGCGCAUCGAGAACGUCUGGCUAAAGAGAUUCCGGGGCUGACAGCGCGUCAAGUCCAAGUCUGGUUCCAAAAUAGACGCGCCAAGAUAAAGAGAUUGAAUGCCGAUGAUCGCGAGAGGGUGGUCCAAAUGAGGGCCGUACCGGAAAACUUCGACAAUGUUCAGGCACUGCAUUCGCCCUAUGGCGCGGUGCAAGCGUAUGACGGAUCGCUAUCACACACUUCGAGCCACCAACCGCCGCACAUGUACCAGCAUCCACGUCCCCUCAUGGUCGACGUGAGGCGUACCGAGAGCGAGGCUCACCCAAUGCAAUCAACCGGUCUGACCCCAGUCUUCGGCGGUAUCAACUUUGGCCAGAAUCAUGUCCCUGGCAUGUUGGAGACGAACUCGAUGCUUUCGUCGCCCUCGCAGUUCAGUCCAAGCGAUAGAUAUGGCUACGGGCCACGGCAGCCCGGAGUUGGCGUCUCUGAUGGCAAAGGCUCCUCCACAAGCAGUCCUGUCCACGAAACCGACCAUCGAUCUGGCGCGAGACCGCUACGGCCAGCCGCGCUAGCUGAUCCCCUUUCACGAGGGCGAUCCAGCUCUUUGCAAUCUACCAUGGGUUCUUCUGUCUACUGGCGAGGAAGCGGCCUCGGUGACGUGGCCGAAGUGCAAGAUCCCGCCUCGGAGCACGGGAGCGAGGGCCAGGCGCCUUCUCUGCACACCUCGACAUCAGGAAUGGGCCUCAACACUCUAUUUUAUGGCGGUGACGCGUCGGCGCAGCAAUCCGGUGCCACAGGUGACAUGGCGGCUCGACAAGAUCCGUUUCCUCGAAACCGAGCGGCUUCGGCAUCCUUCCCGCUGGAGAAUCGCGGCCAAUAUAGCGAACUCGGCGCACAUCCAAUGCUGUCGCCUAUUCGAACGGACGUGCCACGGUCAACACCAUCGGCGCAGGCAGGAACGGCAUAUACCCCGAGCUAUGCGUCACCUCUGCCUCUGCCAGCCGGUGCGAGCGCACCAAACACGAGGCUACUCGAACCACGGGACCACAUGCCACAGUUUGGCUACACCACCGGUGACACCUCAACGACGGCGGUUCACGGCUUCUCGUCGCAAGCAGCAAACGAUGGAGUGGAUCAGCGGCCGUUCUACCCACCAGGGACGCAGCAGUCGUCGCAAUUCGAGCGACCCGGGAAUGUGGUUUCGUAUGGAGAGACGGCACAGGCAUCUAAUGCCGUCAAGCGAGAGUAG